AUGAAACUGAACAACUGGAGCCUCAAUCUUGGGUACCCAGUGUAUGGGGCGGCUUUUGUGAACGACCAUACUGUGAUUGUUGCAGGUGGUGGUGGAGAUGGCAAUAAUGGUAUCCCAAAUAAAAUGACGGCAAUAUUGAUUCAACCAGGGAACGAAAAGAAGCCGAUUAAAAGAUACAGGGAAUUGACCCUGAAUGACAAUGAAGAUUCAGUAAUGUCUUUAGAUGUUGGAAAUGGUACCAUUCUGACCGGUAUUAAUGAAAGCUCGCCAAUGAUGGCAAAGGGCGUCAAUAAGCACCUACGGAAGUUCAAAUUUGAAAACGAACAUUUGAAGUUUGUAGAAAGUGUGCAAAUCCAUCCAAAUACAAACUCUACCAUCUAUCAAAAAUUAACAGCGGUAUCGCAAGAUGGAUCGGUCGGGGUUAUUGUGAUGAGCGACAUUCCUUCUUCUAUUUAUAUUGUUGAAUCAGUUGGCGAUUUGGAGGAGAAAUUUAAGAUUGUGACUGACGGUGACGUAAAGGACAUCACCAUCUCCCAAGAUGGUAAAUUGAUGUGCUAUAUCACGUCCAAUGUUUUUGAAGUCAUUUCUUUGAUUACUGGAAGAUCAGUUUUCAAGACGAAAUUACAAUUUUUGAUGUCGAAGGUAAGAUUUUUGAACAACAACGAAGUUAUAAUCAGUGGAUCAAAGAAUAAAGACGCCUUUAUUGCAAAAUUUUCAAUUUCCAGCUCUAAGGUUAUUCAACAAAAGGUUAUCAUGAAAAGUAUGAAAGGUAUUACUUCGAUGGACGUCAAUGUCAAUAAUAACUUGACAGUUUUAGCCACGUCCAAUUAUUCCUUGUUGUUAGUGAGAACAUCUGAUUUUAAAGUUGUUAAAAUCUUGAACAAGGUUCAUGAAUUUGCAAUAACAAAAGUGGUAUUCUCUGAAAACGGCAAAUACAUUGCAUCAUGUUCUGCAGCUAAUACUGUAAAUAUUGUUGAGGUUCCUGAUAAUUUUGCUGCUUCAAAGUCUUUACUCUCUACUAUUUUCCAAUAUAUUGUUUCAAUAAUAUUUGUUGUGUUACUUGGUAUCGGCACUCAAUAUUUAUAUGAACAUGGAUACAUUAAUGUGGCUGUCAAUAAAACCAUUGAGCUAUAUGAAGCAUACAAGCCGCAGGACUCUUCAAGUUAUUUUACUGUAGAGCCUAUCCAAUCGUUUGAUAGCUCAACAACCGCCGAAUCAACUACCCCGCAUGAAAGUUUGGCCACCUCUAGUGCACUUACAUCUCUUGAAAGAUUAACCAGUUCCUCUUGCUUGGCAAAUACUGCUACUCUUUCACUUGAUUAUACCAGCUCUGUCACGCAACUAACUUCUUCUGUUCGCUUAGCAGAUUUGACAGUUAGCAAUGAUAUCGUGUCAGAUUUUACAACGGUGACCCCUUUAACGGCAAAGUCCUCUCAAAGUUUCCAUAACAACGUCUUGAAUGCAUCUUUAUCGGCUUCAGACAUUGGUAUCACAUCAAAUACGGUGUCUAGUAUAACUGUCAGUCAUUACGGGGUGGUUACAGAAGAGAGAGUGGACAAUGAUCGGGAAAACAUUGAUUCUAAAUCAGCAGUGUCGAGUUUUGAGCAGCAACCCUUAGUAUAUAAUUCUCCAAAUGGAAUCCAUACAUCAGACGUAGCUUCGGGAAGAUCAUAUAUGACGACAACAUCAGAAAGGUCUUUGUUAGCAGCAACUAAUGCUUCUGUGGAACCGAUCACCAAAGAAGUAACCAAAGAAAUUACCUCAGUUUUAAUUCAAACAGAAACGUCAACUGCCACUGAGACGGCAAUAUUUACUUCUGUAGAGAAGAUCACAUCUGUGGAAACAAGUGUUGAGACAUCUUUCAGCAUAACCACUUCAGUUGUUGUCCAAUACGUCACUAAGGAAGUAAUAGUUACAACUACAGAUGUUUCAACUACCAUGAAAGAACCUACUCUAAAAGGAUCCAGUUCAUCUUCUGAAAUUGCGACUGAAGAAAGUGCAGUUUCUGAGUCAAAUGUCGGUAAUACCACCACCGUAACUACUACUGCUCCUACCUCUUUUGAAUCUGUCCCUGGGACUUCAAGGUCUAUUACCUUAUCUGCACAACCAGUUGACUUAGUUGAAGAGUCAGAAAUGGUUAAAGCAGUUGUCGAAAGUUCGCUCCAUCAAGUCGGCAGUGUGAAAACUACAGAUGUUGGUAUUCAGGUUGAACCACACAUAGAAACUUUUGAUGACAAAGACCAGGCAAGUUUACGUGAAAAAGAAAUAAACUAUGAAGAAUUGGGAUCCAAACUAUUAGGUUCAACGGGAGCUAGACAUAAGGAGGAUGCAGUAACAACUACAUUUUCGACAGAGCCCACAGUGUCCCUUCAAAUUGAACCAGCUAAGGAAAUAUACGACAACCCCAAGGAGGCAAUACUGAAGGAGGAGGAAAGAAUCCUUGAAGAAUUGCUAUCUGAAAAAAAAUUACCAACAUCCCAAGUAUCUAUCCAGAUCGAACCAUCGAGUGAAGUAUAUACAGAUCCUUCAAGCGGGGUUAUUGCUGAAGCUUCCAAAAUCACUAGAGAGAUCUUAGAAAAGAUUGCAAAUAGCACAGAAGCCGCUACGGUUAAAGAAGCUGAUUCAGGGGAUGGUAUUUUGAAAGCGGCUGGCGUCGAGGUCACUGCUGUAACCGAUUCGGAUCUUGUAAAAGACGAGUUGUAA